GCCUCCUUCAGCCGCAGCGAGAGGGACGAGGAAGAAAAGCUGUGGAUAGCAACAUGGCGACGUCGGCUUGGCUACACGUUCCGACUAACAUGCGACUUACGGAGUGUCUGGAGUCCGUCCUGAAGGAACAGCGGCCGCAUUGUUUACCCGCUCUAUUGGCGAAUUACCGAGAACAUGGGGUCGUCCCGACCCAGGGCUCCAGUGGCGUGGCUGGACUGGUGGGCUGCGCCAACGCAAAACUGUCCACCUCCAAGACCAAGUUUGAUGGUCUGUGUAUGCUCUCGGUGCUGGUCAAGGACAGCUCUACUGAAGUCUUCCAACAGCAUUGCCUGUCUUGGUUGCGUUCGCUACAACAGGUCAUUCAGGCCCCGGCCCCAGGGCCCACGGCCCGCCUGGCGGUGGGCGUCCUGGCCGACCUGCUGCAGUACUCCUCCAUGCUGCCCGAGCUGGCCCGCGAGGUGGGGCUCACCUGGCUGCUGGGGCUGCUGACCUCCCUGCUGGGGCUGCAGGCUGAGUGUGAGCUGACUGCUCUGGAGGGGAUUGCUGCCUGCAUGACCCACUACCCACGGGCCUGUGGCUCGCUGAGGGACAAACUGGCGGCCUUUUUCUUGGCUAGGAUCACCAGCAGCGACCCAGCUACACAGGAGAUGGCGUGCCGGUGCUACGGCCGGCUCCCCUGCCUCGGAGGGGCUCUGGAGCGAGGGGUGGGGACCAGCAGAGCCGAGGCCUGGGCCAAUCAGCUCCACUGCCUGCUGGCCUCGGCCAAUAGCACGCUGGCUCAGAUCUACCAAGGCGCUGAAGCAGAGGGGACCGUCUCGUAUGAGGGCCCGGGCGUGGAGCUGUCCUUCCCUGCUCUGGACGAGGCCGACCCGCUGCUGCUGCUGGAGCUCCAACACCGCUACCGGGCGGCCUGCCUGGCCCUCCAGCACACCCUGAGUGUGGACCCCCAGUGUGCGGUGGUGGUCCCGGUCCGCCAGCUGCUGAACCUGGUGUGUCGCGCGCUCUCAGUCGGCCCCAAGAGCCUCGGUGUGCGGGGGGACGACAGCAUGCGGCUGCUGGUUCUUCCUGCGGUCCACAGCAACACGCUGACGGUCCUAUCAGCACUCAUCACCGCGGUCAGGGGGGGGAUGGUCCAGUAUGCGGGCGUGUUGCAGAAGGUCUUCUCCCAGACCAUCUCAGCCUGGACCCCGGCUUCAGAGACCAGCGGGGGGCAGCAGAAGGCCUUCAGCUCCGUCCGCGUGGCGCUCUACUCCACCCUGGGGCUGUGGGUGCAGGUGGGCGGAGCGUCGGCCAGCCUCCUCCAGGGGAGCCCCACCCACUCUGAGCUGCUCUUCAGCCACCUGCUGGGCGACGUCAGCCCCGGGGCCGAUGGGGUCAAGCUGCGGGCGGGCGCGGGCUCUCUGGGCGAGCUGGCGUCUCUGGGGGGGCGGCCCGGCCCCCGCCGCUCCAAGGCCCAGCCGGCGGCCCCGGAAGGGACCCCCUCCCUGCAGAGGAAGAGCGACCCGCUGGCCAAUCAGGACGCCUGCCUGAUGGCGCUGAAAGUUCUCAGACGGAUCAUCAUGACCAGCGGCUCGCUGCUCAAGGAAGAAAUACACAAGCGUCUCCAUGACCUGGUCAUCCCGCUGUGCGUGCGUCUGCAGCAGCAGCUGUCCAGUCGCUGUACCGGCGCCUCCGAGGCUGCAGGCGGUAGCAGUGGGCAGUACGCCAGCGCACAGACCCGCCGAGAGCUCUACCGGCUGCUGCUGGCUCUGGUCCUGGUCCCGUCCGCCCGCUGGCCAGCGCCCCUCAGCUGCACCGUGUCCAUCCUGAGCCACGGCCGCCGAGACCGCAGCCUGAAGGUGGCGUCGUUCUGCGGCGAGGCGCUGACGGUCUGCAACGGCCUGCUGCACCCCCGCGCCCCCACUCUCUCCCGCCCGCUAAGGGCCCCCCCUGGCCCCGCCCCGCUGCAGCCCCAGGGCCCCGCCUCCGGCCUCCCGCUGCCCGCCAUGCUGAGCCCCGCCUUCCCCCCCCGCCACCCCCUGGGCCCGUCCGCCCUGCUGGGCUCCCUGGAGAACCACCUGUCCCUGGGGCUCCCGGACCACGGCCCGCCGGGCCCCGAGGGCCCCCCCGAGGUGCUGCGCCCCGUGUUCGUGCGCUACGACCGCGAGGAGGCGGAGGACGUGGAGAUCUCGCUGGCCAGCGACUCUGACGACAGCGUGGUCAUCGUGCCCCCGGGGAUGCUGGGCGCCGAGAGCCCCCCCGGGCUCCUGGCCCCGCCCCCCCCGCUGGACGGGGCCACGCCCGCGCCCGCCGCCCCGGAGGGGGCCCCCCCCCCCGCAGACCUCGCCUCCUCCCUGCUCGCCGCCUCGGAUGGCGCGGCGCUGAACUCCUUCCCCCCGUCCGCCGUCGCCCUGAUGGCCCCGGCCCCCCCGCCGGGCCCCGGGGCCGCGGGCGAGGGGCUGCCCGGAGGCGCCCAGCUGCAGCAGAUGCUGAUGCUGCCCCCUGGCCCCCCAGGGGCGGCGGGCCACCAGCUGGCCCCCCAGAACCGCCACCUCCACGGCCCCGCCCACCCGCUGGGGCCGGGCCCCAAGGACUCGGCCGUCAUUAACAUCAACAGCUCAGACGAAGAGGAGGAGGAGGAGGAGGAGGAAGACGAGCUGGGAGAGGAGGAGGAGGAGGACGAGGACGGCAUGGAGGAGGAGGAGGAGGAGGGCAGCGACUUCCAGGACGAGGAGCCGUACGACGAGGAGUACGACGACUACGAGGACGAGGAGGCGGAGGAGCUGGAGGAGGAGCAGGACGGAGACAUGCCCCCGCUGGAGGGGAAGGUGGAGGAGGAGGAAGGGGCGGAGACGUCGGGGGUGGAGGGGGAGAUGGGAGGCAUCGAGGAGGUGCAGACCAACAGAGCGGCCUUCGGGGCGGAGCGGGGGGAGCGGCUCCAGGAGGUGGAGAGCAUCGGGGUGAUGGAGGAGGCGCGGGAGGCGCUGGAGGCGCGGGAGGCGCUGGAGGCGCGGGAGGCGCUGGAGGAGGAGGGGGGCGACCCCACCAUGCCCCAGAUCCUGUGCGUCACCGGGGGCAGUCUGGAGGAGCAGGAGGUCGGGCCACCGGAGGAGGAGCCGGCCAGGGCAGCGCCGGAGGAGGAGGAGCAGUGGAGGCCGGCCCCUGAGGAGGUCAGCCCGCCCCCUGGGGAGGAGCCGGCCGGCGGGGAGGCGGGACCUCCGGGCCCUCCGUCCCUGGAGGGGCCCGGUGUCUGUGCUGAGCCGGCCCCCGGUCAGCCAGAAGCCCCGCCCCCCGGCAGCCCGCCCAGCAGCACCCUGGCCCCCUCGGGGCCCCCGCAGGAGGGUGACGGCGCCGCCAACCUCCAGACCACCGGAGCCGAAGACGAGAGCCCCGAGGACGUGAAGGGUUUGAAGAGGAAGAGGGAGGAGGAAGACCUGCAGGGCGCCGACAAGAGGAAGGUGGAGGAAGGGGGCGUGGCCUCCAUGCUGGCUGACUUCAUCGCCUGCCCCCCCGACGAAGAGGAGGGCGGCUCCAGCUCCAGCCUCCCAUGUCUGGACUGA